AUGCCUGCAUACGAACACUUCCAAAGCUCUGGGCGGACGCCUCUGCGUGUCUAUAAACCGCAGCCGACAUACGAGACCUACGUUUCACCCUAUGGACCAAAAAUUAAACACGUCCCUAACCUCAUGGGCUUGAGCAUGGGCAAGGCCUUCCGUUACGGUUACAUCGCAUCGGGUUUCGGCGUUGCAGCAGGUGUAUUUGCAGUCUUUUUCUUUGGUGAAGUUCCCCGCGUGAGGCAAGAUAUCCUGUCCAAGCUUCCAGUCAUCGGCAGUUACUGGAUCAGGGAGGUGCCGCCGGAGGACAACCCUUUUUAA